CGACGAGGAGAUGGACUCCCCAGCAGCGAUGCCGCAUGCACGCGACGCCGAUGCUGCAAUGGCCAGCCCUGCGCCGGACGCCGCUCCAGCAGCCGCUGCGAAACGGCGUGCGCCAUGGCUUCCUGUGCCCGCCCAGCCCGUGAUAUCGGUGGAGCACCCCUGCAUUAUCAAAAACCUCGACAAAGGCAUCGCGUCGCUGGGAGGAGACGUGAGGCUCGGCCAGUUCUUGGACUCCCAGAACAGCACCAAGACCAUCGCCGUCUCGCUCCGCCCUGACGACCGUCUGGCCAAACCAAUGCCCUCUGUUUCGGCCAAGACAGAAAAUCUGCUGCUCAAACUCACCGUGCCCAAGUUGACCGGGCGUAAGAGGAAGAAAGGCUCCUCAGGCCCCUUUCUCCCCCCAUCUGAAAAUGGAAUCGAUCAGACGCCCCAGUCCCAACCUGUUGGUGCCAAAAGAGUGCGUCGCAGUCUGGAGGCCAACGCGUCCAAGUACACGGUGGAAAUUGUAGGCCAUCUGAGCGAGACUCAUCGCUUUAGGAGUCUACCUGACUUCCAAUAUGCUGCCUCACGGAACCACCUUAUGCAAAAACUACGAGACUCUUUCCUUCCCCUCGAUCCUGCCAAACUCCAAGCAGCCACUUUCGACCACUCUAAAUUGAAUCUGCUUCCUGACAUUGGCCCACCUGCGCGUUUCAGCCAGUCGGGCAUACCUUUCAACUACUCGUAUCAGCAGAAUCGCGCUAUAACGUACGCGAAAGAUGCCACGGGCUCAGGGGAUGUUCACGUUGUUGCUCCACAGCGACGAAUACCGGUCAACAACCUGAUCAUCCCUACUGACGCAUACAGUGUGCCCUUUGAGACAACCCUGCCGACAGUACCCGAGGAUGAGCUGGAUAGAGACCAUCAAGAAUUCAUCGCCUUGAUUCGGCAGCAGUUUGAGAAGCGACCAAUAAUAAGCCGUCAUGUCCUAUACAACACUCUUGGCUGGGGUAACAGAGACAAGAUUCGGCUAGCCGUCUCAUACUGCGCCUACCGCUUCAAAUCUGGUCCCUGGAAAGAUGCUGUUAUCAAACUCGGCAUAGAUCCACGAACAGACCCAAAAUACCGGCACUAUCAAACGAUCAUGUUCCAGCCAUUCCGAAACGAAGAGUACAAGCACUGGAAAUAUCUUUCCAGAGAAACAUCAUCAGAAGCAUUGGAAAGGAUAUCCCGAGGACACAUAUUCGAUGGCAAGAACUACGUCCAAACUGGUCAUGUAUUUCAAGUCUGCGACUUCACAGAUCCGGCCCUACGUCGCCUUCUCGAUACUCCCGACAUCAGGACUACAUGCAGCACUCAUAACCAUGGCUGGUAUCAUGCUGGAACAUGGGCCAAGGCACGGAUCGUAGCGAGAGAAAAGGGGAACAUCAUUCUAGAUGGAGAAGAAGCCGAUGACCAACUCUUCAAACGUAUUCUAAAUCUUCCCGAGCAUAUCACGACUGCAACUGUUCAGGAGUUGAGAGAUAGAGAGAAAGAGGAAGGGAGACCUAUAUCCAGACGAGAGCUUAAGUUGAUAAUGUCAGUGCGCGAUCUCGCAUAUGUUCCCGAUCGUAUGGAACACAUCAUCAGGCCUAAGGCCUCGAAAGAGGAAACCGAAAACUCAAGAAGGGAUAUUGGCGCUCUCGAUGGCUCUCCAGAAAGCGCGGAGCUCUCAAGUACCGAGGAACUUAACGAUAGCCAAAACGGCGAGGGUAGCGAGAUCGAUGAAUACGACGAGUAUGACGAGGCCGAGGGUUCUGGCGAAGAAUCAUCAGAGAUAAGUGGUAGCGGAUCGUUAGAUGUAGGUUCGGGAAGCUUAGAAGAUAUCACGGAUGAGGAGAGGAGUGAGAGCGAUAACGGAGCUGUGGAUGCGUAGUGGUAUAAUUAUAGAACCGUUGGAAUGUCAAGUUCUUUCGAACUUUGAAAUUACCUGUAAUAAGGGAAGUCUCCGUAUUUAUUCGAACUUCGCGCCUGAAGACCUCACAGAGCGAGUUGGUGGUAAUUCAUACAUACCUAGGUAGACUUCUGGGCCUGUAGCCCGGAUGUAUGGAAUGCACCGCCACUAUUCCAAGAGGCUAUUCUUGCGCCACACC